AUGGCCGAUGGCAGGGAGAGAAGGUUACGAAUGAGCUUCUACUUCGGAAAUUCCAGUCGUUUAAUACGGACUCCCGAAUCAACUCGAAAGCAACCGACUGUGUUUGAGAACAGUUUAGUGGAACAUCACAUUGCUCUACCUCCUGAUGCCAUGAGAAAGAUAACAUAUGUUGCACCACCUGGUCAAUACUCAUUGAAGACCCCCAACACCACACCCACCGACGAUUCCGACGCCACUACCAAGAAGAAAUACUUCACAUCUACAAGAUUUAGGGGCCUGGGAUGUACUGCGCCGGCCCAAGUGUCGGUGCCGGCGAUGAUAAGGACGUCGGCGAAUUGGGAGGGGAAGAAAGUGAGGAAGAAGAAAUUGAAACUGAAAAAGAACAAGAAUUGUUGUGCUUCUUCUUCUGGGAAUGAAGUUGGUGGGGAUGGGAUUGGGUUGGUAAUUUCGACUAGCAAUACACCAUCUCCGACGCCGGUGCCGGUGCCGGUGCCGGCGAUGGCGAGUUCGUCGUCUUGUUUGGUUGUUCCUGAUGUUUGGUGUGGUCCUGGAAUUGGGUUCUCUACAGAUGCUGCUUCUGUGGAUUGUGUGGUCUCAAGGAGGCCAGUUUCUGGUAGAGGGAAAGUUGAUGGUGAAAAGAUAAAUCUAAGAGAGCUUGAUUUCAGAUGGUGUUAA